AUGAAAGAAGCCAACGAGGGACGUGUAGUUCUACAUGAUAUAUCAGUAUCCACCUUUCAGUUAAUCCUGAAAACUUUGUACACCGGUGAAGACGUGUUGAGUCUUGACAACUUCAUAGAAAUCUGGCAGGCUGUAGAUAUGCUGCAGAUAGGAUUUCUUGUAGAGUUAUGUGAAACGUUUGCAGAUAAGCAGAUAAACGUGGAUAACUUUAAAGAAAUUGUGUUCAGCGCAAAGCUACUUAAUUCUAAAUCCGCCUUGACGACAGUCAAUAAUUUUAUGAUACACAAUUUUAAGGAAGUUUACGAGAAAAAACUGUAUUUGGAUCUAUCAUUUGAAGAACUGUAUACUCUACUUGAGAGUCGUGAACUCAAUGCCAGCAAUGAAUACCUUGUGUUAAAAACUAUUCUCAACUGGUCUGAAUACAAACCCGCGGUCCAUGUUCCUGACGAGUUCGGCAUUACCGCAAAUCAAAAUAAAAAGAUAAAGUCGGAAAAAAGUUCACAUAAUAUAAUCGCAGCAGUUAUUCAUGAACCUAGUUUAGAGGACAAAUCUACAAUAGUCAAUGACAAAGGUACAAGCAACCUAAGCGAAAAUAAUAAAGAAUCAAGUCAAUCUAAAAGUAAAAAAACAUUACAAGAUGAUAGCUGCAACUCGAAUUCCAGCAUUUCACAAAAUGAGAGUAACGUUAAGCUUCACAGACUUGAAGAUCUUCUAAAACGUGUCAGAAUAUGUACAAUAAGCCCAGCUUUGCUGGCGAAUGUUUUAGAACAUCAAUGUAUUAAACUUAAUGAUAAAGCUAAGCAAAUUAUUCAUUCAGCUAUUUUAAAUCAGACAAUAUAUUUUAAACAUGGUCAGUGGCCAACAGCAGGCACAUACAGGGAGCCCCAUGAGUUUGGGAACUAUGGAGUUUGCAGUUUGUAUGGUAAUGGUACAUUCGAAGCACUGGACCCGUAUGAUGAAAAGUGGUACAAAAUGAAAACAUGUGAAUCGUUGAGAAGAAACGUCCAGCUAGUUGCCUUUGACCAUGAACUCUAUGCCAUUGGUUUAGUAUUAAACUCCCAGAUUAAAAGUCACAUGUUUGUUUAUGGAAACGACUGGAAACAUAUAGCCGAACUGCCAGGAAUAGAAUUUUACUUAGCAAGUAAUGAAAACCACAUAUACUUUACAAGCGUUGCGGAAAAAGUAAUAUAUCGAAUCGAUCCUAAACAUGUCGAUGUCAAUUUUGUUAAAUUUACUGAAAUUCCGGAAGGCGCUGUUGUUACUCAUGUUAUGAGCUACCAAAUUUAUCUACUCAUCUUCUGUAAUGAAACAGUCAAUGGGGUCGAGGAAACAGCCGUUCAUGUAUUAGAACUUCCGGCCAAAAGCUGGACAAGACUGGACAACCUCAAUGGACCAGCUAAAAACAUCAUCAGUUUUCGUAACGACGACAACCACUUUGUGCUACAAACAAACGGCAACUUGUGGGCUUUAAACCAAACUGAUGGAUUGUUUACAUUCAAUCAUCUAACAACAUUAUGGACGUUAGACCACGUUAUACCUCUAUACGGAGCAGUAAUUUACGGGGAAAAAUUGGUAAUUUUAUAUUACAACCCCGAUGAGGCCGAUUACACAUUACUAAAAAAAGUGGACAACAUGUUUAGCUCAAUUAGAUACUGGUACACAGACAAGCCUUGUUCAAAUUUUAUUCCUGCUGUGCUGCCUAAAUCUUAUCUUCAUGAACUUGUAGAUGACGAAUAG